ACGAUUGUAAUCAUUUCUUUAUUUAUUAAUUAAGUAACGAGUAGUCCAAACACUCACAGUCACCGACCUCUUACGUUAUCAAUUCAAAAGUGAAAAUGGACAUAUAGCUACUCCUAAUUCCUCUAUAUAGUUUUCUCCUUUGAAAAAGAAAGAAAGAGUAUAGAUUCUCUUUUGUAUGAUUAAUAACCAUGGGAAGUGAAGUAGUAAACCCGACCAAGCCACGGUUUGAUCUAAGCAUGUCGAAAAGAACUCGAAAACCAUGGUCUAGUCUCAUCAACGAUAUGCAUCACCAUGCAAUAUGCACCCAAAGCUCACAACCAAAACCAGACAAAGAACAAGAGCAAAUCGAAGACAAAGAGAUUGAUCGUAAGAGUUUGAACAAUCUGAUGAGAUGCGAUGAGAAAUUGAAUGGAGAAGCUGAUGUUAACAACAAGAGCUCUCUAGAUCAACAUUUCGAGGAUGGCGAGGGGAUCAAGCCGACGAUGCAAUUGGUGGUGAAGAAAGAGAAGCAAGGUGGUUUGAAAUUCAAAGGUAUGGUGGGUCGAUAUGUUAAGGUCUGGAGCGGUUUGAUAAAGGCCAAACGUGACCACAAAUCGCCGGUCUUUCGGUUUAAAACUUGAAUCCUAUAUACGUACGUUUCAUAUACGUGAUCACAUAUAUAUAUAUUAUACGAUUAGUUAUUAGAGAUAAGCUGUAGACUAGGCAGUUUUUUGGAAUGUUUUGCGUACGUACGUAUUAUUGAUGUGCACGUUUGUUGUUGGCAUAUUGGUUUUGACUUGAGAUUGUAAUUAGCACUAUAUACAUGCAACUCUUGUUUUUUUUGUUAAGAAUCUCACUACAUGAGUUUUGCUUUGUGUUUUGAGCUUUUGCCAAAAAAACAAAUCUGUUAAAGUCUUUUCGUCGUCAGAUCUUAG